AUGGACAUGGACUGGAAUAGGGUCCCCGCCGUCGGCGAAGGUCUCAUGCCGGCCCAUCUUGCGCAUCUCCCAAUGCAAGACGAGCCCAUGGAUCUACAGAGUCCCCGGAGUCGGAACCCACCGGUCUCCCUCGGGUCUUCAACUCCGAAACGUGUCGGAAUCCCUCCCCCGGUAUCUUCGACGGCUCCCCCCACGUCGUGCUCAUCGACGACAGUCAGUCAUUCUACUCAACAAGCGCAAAUUCAACAACAACAGAGUGCCCAAGAUAAAUUUAACUAUUCUUCAUCUGCGAACGGAACUCAGCCGAAAGAACAAUUGAGAGUGAUGAAGAGACCCGUGCCUCCACCUUUGAAGUUCAUUCCAGUCUCCGAAGAGGAUGAAGAGAUGCUUAAGAGCGAUUCCGACGCGAACGCUCAAAACGGUGCCGCAGGCAUGGAAACCACCAUCACGCUUUGGCAGUUUCUUCUCGAGUUGCUCGUUUCGAAUCAAUACCGGCACAUCAUAUCGUGGACGAAUAACGUCGAGGGCGAGUUCAAACUCAUUAACGCGGAGGAAGUUGCCCGACUCUGGGGAUUACGGAAGAACAAGCACAACAUGAACUACGACAAACUAUCCAGAGCCCUCCGAUACUAUUACGACAAGAACAUCAUCAAGAAGGUUUUGGGUCAAAAGUUCGUUUAUCGCUUCGUCACUCUCCCGGAUAUGGUGAAGACCGAGAACAAAGUGUCCUUCCACGUCAAAAUGGAUCCGAUGUCGGCUCAACUCUCACCACCGUACAGUUCCGGGUCGUGGUCUCCGGGCGGUUAUUCCCCGCAGCGAAUGGGCUCUUACACAUAUCCCAACAGCGCCCAGCCCAGCAGCCCAUCACCGGUUCAGGCUGCCGCGGUCCAAGCCGCCAUGAGCCUGCAACACGCGAACUUCAACCUGGCGAAAUUCGGUGACCUCGAACAGCUCCGCCGGGUAUACCAACAGCAGCAGCAGAUGGAACAGCUACAACGGCGGAGCAACGAGGACGCCAGUCCUCCUCCGCCUCAAGCGUUGCCUCCCCAAAUAAAGAGCGAACCGCUUUCUGACGAUGCCGAAGAUCUCAGCAUGAAGCCCAGAAGCCGUUCCGAAUCAGAAAGUUCGAAUAACGGCGCGUGGAAUCUGAGCGCCCGAAAACGAUCGAUCGAAGAUAAACUCGCCCGAGAACAAGCUGGACAGCCGUCACCCGCUCAAGCUCAGAACACUCAUCAGCAUCAUCACAACCAUCCCUCGCAAUCUCUGCAUCGUCCCUCGUCUCCCGGCCCGAUUCACAAAAAGAUUAAGCAGGCAAUGAUCGCUCAAAUGCAGGCCAGUCAACAGCAAGAAUCCGAUACGGACAGUUGCUCCAGUCCGAAAUCAUCGGGGUCUGCUACGGUUCCUGUAUCUGUGAUCAAAUCGAAACCCAAACCCCCUCCGAUCCCGGUACCCCCAUCCCCGCUCAACGGCAAAAUGCCUUCGCUCCAGACGCCCGUGAUGACUUUCACGAGCCCCUUCCUGCCGAAUCAGCAGACGAAAGGACCCACUUCGAAUCAGGCCUCGAACACUGCGCUCGUGCCGGGCGUGAAUUUCUAUCCCAUGUCCCCGUUGCCGUUCCCUUCGCCGCGAUAUUCGUCCAGCAGUUCUUCGCCGACGCAUUUCCAAUUCCCGGCGGCAGGCCUACCGUUCACCGGUUUCCCGCCGCUGAGCCCCUUCCUGAAUGCGAACCCUUAUUCACCAUUUGAGCCCCACGUGAUUUUCUCACCGACGAAAACCAUACCGGUGCUUCAAUAG